AAAAACAAAUGGAGUAUAAAAAAAGGUUAUCAAUUUACAGAGAGUCUUCUCGGGGGUUUCCGGCACAAAGGAGGAGGCAGCAUUUGAACAUCAUCAACCAUGGUUCUCAAGACCGAAUUGUGCCGUUUCAGUGGUGCCAAGAUCUAUCCUGGGAGAGGAAUCAGAUUUAUCCGUAGCGAUUCUCAGGUUUUCUUGUUUGUCAACUCGAAAUGCAAAAGGUAUUUCCACAACAAGUUGAAGCCCUCGAAACUUACAUGGACUGCCAUGUAUAGGAAGCAACAUAAGAAGGACAUUGCCCAAGAAGCUGUGAAGAAGAGGCGUAGAGCUACCAAAAAACCUUACUCAAGGUCUAUUGUUGGUGCUACUUUGGAAGUUAUCCAGAAGAAAAGAUCGGAGAAGCCAGAGGUUCGGGAUGCUGCCAGAGAAGCUGCACUUCGUGAAAUUAAAGAGAGGGUUAAGAAAACCAAGGAUGAGAAGAAGGCGAAGAAAGCAGAAAGUCAGGCUAAGGCACAAAAGAAUGCAGGAAAAGGAAAUGUUACGAAGGGUGCUGCAUCAAAAGGUCCUAAGCUUGGUGGUGGAGGCGGGAAGCGUUGAACCCUUACGUAGUGUUGUUCCAUUUUUGGUUAGCACUUGAAUAGAGUUUUGAAACUUUAGUAUUGAUAUUUAAAUUGUUGGAUCAAUCUUGUAUUUUGUUGUCCUGUUAAACCAUUUAUUGAAAGAUUUCUUAUUUAAGAUUA